AUGAUUUUCUCUCUCCCUUUUCAGUGUGAUCCAAACCUCACAGUUCGUUGUGUUUUUAUUGAAUGUCUCAAUACAAAAUUGCCACGUAUUGCUCUCUAUGCGUCUAGAUUCAUAAGGAAAGGUGAAGAACUUACAUUUGACUACAACAUGACCGGUGCCGUGGUUUCAGAUGCUAGUGGAGUUGCUGAUAAUGCUGGAGAAGCAGAAACGCCUUCGGAAGCUCAGUCAGCGCCAUCUAAUAAUGGUGGGAAGAGUCCGACCCCAUCUUCUUCCUCGGUUGAUGUAACUCCUGACACGAGCAGUGAGGUAUCGUUCGAUAGUAAAUCACUAGGAUCUAAAGUCGCCUAUAUUUUAUCAAUAAUUGAUAUCUACAGAAUUCUUUUAUUAAUUCAACAAAUAAAUGGAAGUAUCAUUGUAUUAUGUAUGAAUUCUGUUAUUCAUAAUAUCAGGAACACGGGAUCAAUACACGACCAUUGAAUGUACUUGAUAAUUCGUUCCAUUAUUUCCACUACUUUUAAUAUGACAAAUGUUUUUUGAACAUUUCUCUACUCGUUGUAUUCACAUAAAACAUAAUUAUCUUUUAUUUGAAUGUGUGAAGUGGGUAAAAAUUAUGAUACAAACUGUCUGACAGAGACAGAUAGCCAGACAGGCAGAUACAACGCGAACCUUCGUACGUACGUGCAUCAGUUCAGGUUGCCAGACCGCAUUAGCACAGAGACGCAAUUGUCAGUUCAAAUCCAAUAGUGAUGGAGACAGUAGAAGUAUUAGCAGUAAUGGCGAAUAUUAUAAAGCGAAGAUAUGGUUGGAGAAGUAUAAUCCAGUGAGAUAACUUUAGAAAGAGAAAGAUAGAGAUUAUGAGGAAUUCAGGAGGUUAGAAUUCGGGAGAACACAAUGAAUGAAUGCAACUCCUCCAUUGUAAAUGAUUUUGAGCCUUGUCGUUCAAGGUCUCUAACGGUUGGUGACUUACGUCUCGCGGACGCCAACCAGGUUACCUACAUCUAUCAACAUGACUCAGUCCACUUGUCAGUGACUUCAUGGAUUUCUGCCAUGUUUUGGUUUGGCCACCCCUAGUUUUCUUCCAAUCUACUCCUGCACCACAAAACAUCGUCGAGGCAGUCGGUGGUCGGGCACUGGUAACACAUGUCCCAACCACCUCAACUGAUAAAGUUUCAAUACUUCACCUAUUGAUUUGCUAUCCAUAACUGUCUGGCAUUUAACUUAGUAAUUUUUGCAACUUAUAGCGAACACUUAAGUACUAUAGACAGUCAGUAUACAGCCCGGGGCUAGACAGAGUUCAAUGGAAGUUCAUGUUCAACGCGUUCGUGGUGUACUGUACGCUAGCGAUUUCCAUGUCUUUUGAGUUUUACAACCCUGUUCCAUCCCCUUCAUAAUGUGAAAAGUAAGAUUUUCAAACGUUUUUCAUGCUCCUCGG